AUGGAACCCAUUGAUAACUUAAAUCCAAAUAAUGCAUUUGUUGACAAUUGUUUCGAGAAAGAAGAUGUAAUAAAAAAAUUGUAUAACUCAGUUUUAACAAGGACAAUUAAGGAAAUCGAUGAAAAAAAGUUCAAUUUAAUAGAAACAUCAAUAAAAUAUGAAAAUGAAAUAAAUAAAUGUAUUGAUAUAAGUAAUUAUUAUAUAAAUGAAGCAUUUUCAUCUGCAUUAAAGACAGAGGAAUUAAGGCGAAAAUUACGGAUUCACAUAUAUACAGUCUUUAAUGAUGGAGAUAAAGAAAUAAAUUAUCCUGUUGAUGUAAAAAUUGAAAAUUCUGAGAAUAUAUAUAAAUAUGCAAUACCAUCAUCAUUUACUUUUAAUAUUCAUGGUUAUAUUUUAAAUAAAGAUGAAAAUGAUUACGAUUCAUCGGAAUCUGAAAAUGUACGUUCAAAAAAAGUUAAAUUUGAAAAUGUAUAUGGUAAUAAUUUAAUAACACCUAAAGAAGAUGAUUGUAAAUACUCAGGUACAGAAAUUGAUGACAUAUCUGAAAACAAUGAGAAAAUUGAUUAUUGUAAUACGAAUGUUAUGAAAUUUACAUCUUUUUUUUCAACAAUAAUGGUUGUGAGAGAUAAAGAAACAAUUAUAUAUGAUAAAAAAAAUAAAAAUUAUUAUGAUUGUGAUAAAUUAACAUUUACACGUAUAAUAAAUGAAAGAAAAAAAGAGACAAUAAAAAUAUUUUUAUUUUUGGAUCAAAAAAUACCAUUUUUUGAGCUUUCAUCUGAUUUAAAAAAUUUAAUGAAAUCAUCUGAAGAGACAAUGCCUGAAAUCAUAAAACGUAUAUAUGAAUAUAGUUUAGAAAACGAUUUAGUUGGUUCUAACUGUGUUAUGAAAACUGAUGAAGUGUUAAAACCAAUAUUAGAGGUUGAUGAAUAUGAGUUUUCUGAUUUACCCAAUCUUUUGCAAAAGCACUUAUCCAUACAAAAACCAAUAGUUUUAGAACAUAUUGUCGACUUAGAAAACGAAGAUGAAUCUGAAAGCAUAUAUGAUGUUGUCAUUGAUAUUUUUGAACCUUAUAUGACUUUAGAUGAAGGCAAAUAUAAGAAAUUUUUACUUGAUUCUCAUCAUUUAAAUAAUUUAGUAAAUUUUUUAAAAAUGAAUGAAAUAAAUGAUAACAAACAAUCUGAAUUAAACGAAGGGAAAGACUCUAACAAAUCUACUAAGUAUACAAAUAAUGCGGAUCAUUCUUGUAAAAUAGAAUCACAUGAAGAUUUAGUUACAGAAGGAGCAGAUGAAAUAAAUAAAAACGAAAAUGAUGAAAAUGUAAAUUCGAAGGAAGAGAAUGAUGAAAAUACGAAUGUCAAUGUAAACAAUGAUAACAAAAGUGAAUACACACAAUCGAUUAAAGAAGAAUCUUUUGAUAGCGAUAUAAAUGAAUUACAUAAUAAUAAAAUAAAAAACCCACAAAAAAAUAAUAUGCCUUCUUGUAUUUCAAUUUCAAUAUUUGAAAAAAUUAAUGAUAUACAAAAUGAAAUAAAUAGUAUUGAUGAUGAUAUUAUAAAUAUAUUAUGUAAAAUAAAACAAAAAAAUAGUUUAAGGUUACGAUAUACAAAUUUUUAUGAAAAUCCAUGUGCAUUUAUUGAUCAUGUUAUGAAUAGUAAAUUUCCAAAUAAUAUGGAAAAUUUAAGCGAUCACAAUUAUAUAUAUGAUCAAUCAGCUAAUAUUAAUGAUGAUAACUAUUAUACUUUGCCAUGGGUUCAUAGAGGAAUUUCAAAAUAUUUAUUAAUUAAAAAUAAAAAUAUUGACGAUGUUCUUAAAUCUGUUUUAAAUUCAAUGAAUUUAGAUUAUAAGAGAAAAAUUGAUGAUACAAAUUCAAACGGAAAUACAAAGAAAAAAGUAAACUUUGGUACAGAAAAUUUUAAUCAACGCUUUAAAGAACAUAUGAAUUAUAAUUACAAUAAUUCUGAAGUAAACAAUAAUCAUAUUAACAAUAACGUUAACAACAUUAACCACAAUAAUAUUAAUGGAUAUGAUUAUUUUGGAAAUAAAAAUAUGAACUAUAACCCAUCUGAUUUUUUAAAACAACCUAUGCAAAAUUAUCCAUAUAAUAAUAUGAGUUAUGAAAACAAUAUCCCAGCCCCUAUGGAUAAUUAUCCAUCUUCGGGUUUUAAUAAUAAUAUGCAACCUAAUCAAUUCAUAGGAAAUAUGAAUCCCGAAAAUAAUUAUAUGCAAAAUAAUGAUAAUAAUUUUAAUGUAUAUAAUAAUCAGCAAAUUCCACCAUAUCAACCACAAUAUAUGAACUUUCCUUUUAAUGGGAUAAACCCUCAAAACAAUUUUAAUCCAAUGUAUGACGGUAAUAUGCCCAUGGAUAUAUAUUCAAAUAAUAACUUUUAUAAUUCAAAUAAUUUGGGCUCAUAA